AUGGUCGUCAUCGGUACAUGCCCAGCAGGCGAAACAGGCAAUGUCAACAGCGCGCGCCUUUCUGGAGCCCUGUUGAAAACCUUUCCUAACAUCCGAAUGGCAUUGCUCAUCGGCAUCGGAGGUGGCAUACGCAGCGCAACAAUUUCUGAGGAUGUCCUCAAGAACGUACAUCUUGGACACGUGGUGGUCGGAUGGCCUGGCGACGGACCGAUCAUGAAAUGCAGAAAACACCGUUCAAUGACCAGCUCACGAGGCUGCAAAGCCUCAAGAAAACGAAGAAGCGUUUUACUCACCCGGGUCUCGAACACGAUAAGCUUUUUAAGACGGCAUAUCCUCAUAGAGGCGAAGGGCAGUGAAAUCGAGGCGUUCGAUGUACAUCCGCUUGUGCAUCUAGCGACCCGCGUCUGGCUCAAAUCCCAGAACCGGUGGCAAUCUCAGGUGGCAAAGACAGUAAAGCGAAUGCAGGAGCUCAUACCAUUCGGAAAUUUCGGGACAAAGAAAGUCUGGGCGCCAUACCUGCCGCACGCCAGACAAGUCUGCGACCUAGCCAAGCUCGAUCACGCAGAAUCAUGGGCCGAUCUCACCGACCGGGUAUCGAAAUGUUACUCUGCGCUUGAGCAAUACAGAGUUGCGGAGCAAGAGCUUCGAGAACUCCCCGAAUGUGAAGAGAGCACGAUUGACGAGAAGUAUCCAAUCAUACCUGGGCACUAA